AUGAGAAGAAAAAGAAAGCAAGACAAUAAACAACCAUCCCACGUGUCGAAAGUGUCGAGAAACGGUCGCCGCGAGCGCAAAUCUCUCCAAGUACAGCGUGGCUUCCCACCAAUUGACCCAAUCGGCAGAAGUGGCCCAAUCAUGGACGGUGUCGAUAAUGUUUGUCGAGGACCCUUUCCAGGCUGGUUUCUUCUUAUCCCCAAUGAUCGUCUUUACAUGACUCUGGCCGGUACACAGUACUCAGUCUCGACUACUCUAGCGCGUCGGGCAGACGCAAGUGGUGGGCAGCUAGCGCCGUCCAACGCCGUUGCGAGUUUUUCUCUCGCUGCAAUCUCCUUUCUUUUGCCAACUCCUUUCUUUGGGUUCAAGACCGGUGGCUUGCUGAAUCGCCUUCAAAGAAAAUGUCGAACUCUCGUGGUGUUUUCGACGAGAGCCAAAACAAGUAACGCAGAGAGGAGACCCGAGAGGGGGCAACGGGGCGAGGACAAGCCGGAUUCCGACUCAUCAUCUCAUUUGAAGCCCAUAAUCAAAGACGCGGCUGCAAGUGCCAUCUGUUUUGGACGAGAGAUAGCAUUACUUCAAUGUACUCCUGUACUCCGGUACUACCUACAUACGCAGUACAACAAAAGAAACAUGUUGCGCGCGUGUUUCGUGGGCGUGGUGUUCCUGACUUUUCUUCAAAAACUAAAGGGCGAUGAUAUUCUGCCAGCACCUGCCGAUAUCCCGCCACCAAGUGUGGCUGCGACCGCUCCUGCCUCCGACCACGGAGCCUAG